AUGGCAGAGGCGGAAGCCGUCCAGCUGAAGGAGGAAGGGAACCAGCAUUUCCAGCGCCAGGACUACAAGGCCGCGACAAAGAGCUACAGCCAGGCCCUGAAGCUGACCAAGGAUAAGACCCUACUGGCCACGCUCUAUCGGAACCGGGCAGCCUGCGGCCUGAAAACGGAGAGCUACGUCCAGGCAGCUUCAGAUGCCUCCAGAGCCAUCGACAUCAACUCCUCCGACAUCAAGGCUCUGUAUCGGCGAUGCCAGGCCCUGGAGCACCUGGGGAAGUUGGACCAGGCCUUCAAGGACGUGCAGCGUUGUGCCACCCUGGAGCCCCGGAACCAGAACUUCCAGGAGACACUAAGGAGGCUCAACACCAGCAUCCAGGAGAAGCUCCGGGUGCAGUUCUCCACAGACUCCAGGGUACAAAAGAUGUUUGAGAUCCUCCUGGAUGAAAACAGUGACGCCGACAAGCGGGAAAAGGCUGCCAACAACCUCAUUGUCCUAGGCCGUGAGGAAUCAGGGGCUGAGAAGAUCUUCCAGGGCAAUGGAGUGGCCCUGCUGCUGCAGCUUCUGGACACCAAGAGGCUUGAGCUGAUGCUGGCUGCAGUGCGGACCCUGUCGGGCAUGUGCAGCGGCCACCGAGCCAGGGCCACAGCGAUUCUGCACGCGGUGCGGAUAGACCGAAUCUGCAGCCUCAUGUCCGGGGAGAAUGAGGAGAUGUCUCUGGCCGUCUGCAACUUGCUCCAAGCCGUCAUUGACUCCCUGUCUGGGGAGGAUAAGCAGGAGCAUCGAGGAAAGGAGGAAGCCCUGGUUCUAGACACCAAGAAGGACCUGAAGCAGAUCACCAGCCACCUGCUGGACAUGCUGGUCAGCAAGAAGGUGUCUGGUCAGGGCAGGGAUCAGGCGCUGAACCUGCUCAAUAAGAACGUCCCCAGGAAGGACCUUGCCAUUCACGACAACUCGCGCACCAUCUACGUGGUGGAUAACGGCCUGAGGAAGAUCCUGAAGGUGGUGGGACAGGUUCCAGAUCUGCCGUCCUGCCUGCCCCUGACCGACAACACCCGCAUGCUGGCUUCUAUCCUCAUCAACAAGCUCUACGACGACCUGCGCUGUGACCCAGAGCGCGAUCACUUCCGCAAGAUCUGCGAGGAAUACAUCACGGGCAAGUUUGACCCUCAGGACAUGGACAAGAACGUGAAUGCCAUCCAGACAGUGUCAGGGAUACUUCAGGGUCCCUUUGACCUGGGCAAUCAGCUGCUGGGACUGAAAGGCGUGAUGGAGAUGAUGGUGGCGCUGUGUGGCUCAGAGCGUGAGGUGGACCAGCUGGUGGCCGUGGAGGCCCUCAUCCACGCCUCCACCAAGCUCAGCCGCGCGACCUUCAUCAUCACCAAUGGCGUGUCGCUGCUCAAACAGAUCUACAAGACCACCAAAAACGAGAAGAUCAAGAUCCGCACACUGGUGGGACUCUGUAAGCUCGGCUCUGCGGGCGGCACGGACUAUGGUCUCAGGCAGUUUGCUGAAGGGUCGACAGAGAAGCUGGCCAAACAGUGUCGCAAGUGGCUGUGCAAUGCGUCCAUAGACACCCGCACCCGGCGCUGGGCAGUGGAGGGCCUGGCCUACCUCACACUGGACGCAGAUGUGAAGGACGACUUUGUCCAGGACAUCCCUGCCCUGCAGGCCAUGUUCGAGCUGGCCAAGGCAAGUAGCAGUGACAAGACCAUCCUGUACUCAGUGGCCACCACCCUGGUGAACUGCUCCAACAGCUAUGACGUCAAGGAGGUCAUCCCGGAGCUCGUCCAGCUCGCCAAGUUCUCCAAGCAGCACGUGCCGGAGGAGCACCCCAAGGACAAGAAGGAUUUCGUAGACAUGCGGGUGAAGCGGCUUCUGAAGGCGGGUGUCAUCUCCGCGAUGGCCUGUAUGGUGAAAGCAGACAAUGCCAUUCUCACUGACCAGACCAAGGAGCUGCUGGCCAGGGUCUUCCUGGCACUGUGUGACAAUCCAAAGGACCGGGGCACCAUUGUGGCUCAAGGUGGUGGCAAGGCCCUGAUCCCCCUGGCCCUGGAGGGCACGGACGUGGGCAAGGUGAAGGCGGCCCACGCCCUCGCGAAGAUCGCUGCUGUCUCCAAUCCGGACAUCGCCUUCCCCGGGGAGCGGGUGUACGAGGUGGUGCGGCCCCUCGUGAGGCUCCUGGACACAGAGAGGGACGGCAUCCAGAACUAUGAGGCCCUCCUGGGCCUCACCAACCUGUCUGGGCGGAGUGACAAACUCCGGCAAAAAAUCUUUAAGGAGAGGGCCUUGCCAGACAUCGAGAACUACAUGUUUGAGAAUCACGACCAGCUGCGGCAGGCAGCCACCGAGUGCAUGUGCAACAUGGUGGUCAACAAGGAGGUUCAGGAGCGGUUCCUGGCCGAUGGGAAUGACCGGCUGAAGCUGGUGGUGCUGCUGUGCGGGGAGGAUGAUGACAAGCUGCAGAAUGCAGCUGCGGGGGCCCUGGCCAUGCUGACAGCAGCACACAAGAAACUGUGCCUCAAGAUGACUCAAGUGACAUCCCAGUGGUUGGAGAUCCUACAGCGGCUUUGCCUGCACGACCGGCUGUCAGUCCAACACCGGGGCCUGGUCAUUGCCUACAACCUGCUGGCAGCUGAUGCUGAACUGGCCAAGAAGCUGGUGGAGAGUGAGCUCCUGGAGAUCCUGACUGUGGUGGGCAAACAGGAGCCAGACGAGAAGAAGGCAGAAGUGGUUCAGACGGCCCGGGAAUGUCUCAUCAAGUGCAUGGAUUAUGGCUUCAUUAAACCGGUGUCUUAG